CGACAAGUUGUGAACUAGUAAAGGUGAAGGUCGUUGACGUCAAAAAUGGCAGCCUUCCUACAAUGGAGAAAAUUCAACUUUUUUGACCGAGAGCCAGUGAAAGAUCCAAACACAAAUGAAAUUUUCAAUGAAUUGAAGGAUGUAAACGUGAGCACUUGUGCAAGUGGCAGAGGUCAGCUGAUUGUUGGCGACUGCGAUGGAAUCAUCCACUUUGUGUCUCGGUCUCUACAAAUCACAAAAUUCACUGCCUACAACAUCCGCGUCACACAUCUUUUCCAGCUGAAACAGAGCCAGAGUAACCUUCUCAUUUCUAUUGGGGAAGAUGAACAAGGAACUAAUCCUCUCAUUAAAGUGUGGAAUCUUGACAAGUUGGACAAGGGUGUACCUAUAUGCACAAGGAUCUGCCGUGCCAUUCCGGCCAACAAGCCAACCCCUGUAACCUGCAUCACUGUGCAUGAGAACCUCAACUACAUGGCUGUUGGUUUCCAGAAUGGAAGUGUGGUGAUGUUUAAGGGCGAUGUGAAAUCUGACAGACACAGCAAGCAGUCAGUUGUGUAUGAGAGUAGCAAACCAAUAACAGGGCUCUCUUUCAAAACUCUUGGCAAGAAUAUUGUGCUAUUUGUUGCAACAGAGACAAUAGUGCUGUCAAUAAAUAUCAGCGGAAAGGAUAAAACUCCAACUCUUGUCUUAGAUGACUUUGGAUGCCGUCAGGGCUGCUGUGUGAUGAGUGAUGUAAGCCAGGAUAACCAGUUUGUAAUUGGCAGAGAUGACGCAGUGUACUUCUACCAGCCGGACGGUCGUGGGCCAUGCCUUGCGUUUGAGGGUGAGAAGUUCCAGCUGCACUGGUUCCGCAACUACCUCGUUACCGUUGGCAAAGAUACCAAGUCAUUUGCAAAGGCCCCUAUCAUAAGUCGCGGUGGUCAAAAUGUGGACAUGCACGUUGUUACUGUGUACGACAUUCAGAACAAGUUUAUUGCGUACAGUGCCCCCUAUCCUGAUGUCAUUGACAUUCUCAGUGAGUGGGGCUCCCUCUACAUCAUUGCUGGAGACAGAAAGUUAUACCAGCUACAGGAAAAAGACACCCAGACAAAACUGGAGAUGCUCUUUAAGAAGAAUAACUACACUCUGGCCAUAAGCCUUGCCAAGAGCCAGCAGUAUGACCAGGACGGUCUUAUUGACAUAUUUACACAGUAUGGGGAUCAUUUGUAUGACAAAGGGGAUCAUGAUGGCGCCAUUGACCAGUACAUCAAAACUAUUGGCAAACUGGAGGCUUCCUACGUCAUCAGAAAAUUCCUAGACGCCCAGCGGAUACACAACUUGACCAAGUACCUGCAGGCGCUCCACACUGCCAAGAUGGCCACUGAGGAGCACACAACACUCCUCCUCAACUGCUACACAAAGCUCAAAGAUGUAUCCAAGCUUGAUGAGUUUAUCAUGACAAAGGACCGUGAGGUUGAUUUUGAGGUGGAGACAGCGAUCCGUGUGUGUCGGCAGGCUAACUACUAUGAGCAUGCGCUGUUCCUGGCUAACAAGCACCACCUUCAUGAGUGGUACCUCAAGAUCCAGCUGGAUGAUAUUCGUGACUACUGCAAGGCACUGGAAUACAUUGGCAGGCUUGAGUUUGAAGAGGCAGAGUGCAAUGUGAUUAAGUAUGGCAAGAUCCUGAUGGCUGAGAGACCAGAAGAGAUGACGGAGCUACUCAAGAGGCUGUGUACAGACUACAAGCCCACUGAUAGGCCUUUGGUUGAUGCCACAGAGUUAGAGGGGGCCUCUCCACACACGAGUCAGCGCGCCCCCGCAGAACAGUUCAUACACAUCUUCGUGAACAAUUCGGCUAAACUCACUGAGUUCCUCGAACAUAUGAUCGCUCUGAACAGCAACUCCUGUUGUCUGUUGUACAACACGCUGCUUGAGCUGUAUCUGCACGAUGUCACGCACCAACAAAACCAACAGGCAAAAGAUUGCAAACAGAAGAAAACUUUGGAGCUGCUUAGAAACCCACAGGCCAACUAUGAUCUGGACCAGGCCCUCGUUCUGUGCCAGAUGAACAACUUCAAGGAGGGAAUCCUCUACCUCUAUGAGAAGGCGCGGCUGUAUCAGCAGAUACUUCGUUACCACAUGGAUAAUGAUGCAUAUGACCUCGUCAUACAGACCUGCAACAACUUUGGGAACCAGGACCCCAGCCUCUGGGUACAGGCUCUCUCCUACUUCUCGAAGAAGGAGAACCUCAAGCAGCAGCUUGGUGUUGUUCUACACAAUAUUGACAAGAAAAAUUUGUUACCACCAUUACUGGUGAUUCAGACACUUGCCCACAGCCCAACUGCCACCCUCUCUGUUAUCAAGAACUAUGUGAUCCGCAAGCUCCAGAGUGAGACAGAUCAGAUUACAGAAGAUGAACGCUUGAUCAAACAGUACCAGGAAGACACAGAAAAGAAACGACAGCAGAUCGAGGAACUCAAAACAACAGCCAAGAUCUUCCAGAACCAGAAGUGUGCAAUCUGCAACCACCCACUGGACCUGCCAUCCGUGCACUUCCUGUGUGAGCCACACUCUUUCCACCAGCACUGUUUUGAGAACUAUGCUGACAAUGAAAAUGAAUGUCCAGUCUGUAUGGCAGAGAAUAGGAAGAUAAUGGACAUUAUUCGAGCCCAGGAGCAUGGGCGUGACCUACAUGAGACAUUCCACAACCAGCUGGAGAGAGCCCAGGAUGGAUUCUCUGUAGUUGCUGACUACUUUGGCAGGGGCGUGUUUAACAAGGUGACGCUCAUAACAGACUCACCAGGCAGACUUGCUGCCCUACAACCAAAAUACCCGUAACCAAGGAAACCAGUCAUGAAAAUGCAUGAUCAUCAAAAUAAACCCAAUUUGUGUAGCAUUGGUCUAAAAGAAUCAUUGGAUUGGGUUAGAAUAUAUUGGCUCUUAUCUGACUUCUGAUGACUGUGCUGUUGUCACAGUGAAAUAUAAAAUGGAAUCAAUGAAUAAGCGAAGACAUUGAAUGUGGUAUAUGAUGAUUAUGGAAUUGUUCGUUACAUGUAUUUUAAAAGUACAGCUGAGAUGAAUAUAUCUCCAUCACUUUUAUAAUCUCUUGUAACAGCUACUUUGUAGCAGCGCCAUUUAAAAUGUUUACUGCUUCAUUAUGAUCAUGUGUUUUCAUUUUAUGCAUCUACAAUGUAUUUAUUAUUGACUUCAAAUCAUGUGCAAUAAAUUGUUAUGAUCAUA